AUGACGAUGAACGCGAUCGCGACGACGCGACGACGACGACGGCGAUGGACCGCGGCGGCGACGACGGCGAUGGUGAUGACGGUGGUGAUGUCGUUGACGACCGCGGUGAGGGGGGAGACGUGCGGGACGGGGUGCGCGCCGAAUUCGGAGAUCGCGCGGGCGACGCGCGUCGCGGCGGAGGCGGACAAGGCGCGCGCGCGGAGCGUGGAGGAGAGUAAAAUCGCGCGUGAGGGGUUGGAACGGGCGAAGCGAGAGGUGAAAGAGACUGGGGUGAAGAUGAUGGCGCUGGAGCGGGAGAUGGAGAACGUUCGAACGACGUUGAAGCAGAGUCAGAGCGAGAGCGCGUCGCUGGAACGGACGCUCGCGGAGACGCGAGAGGAGCUCGCGAGGUCCAAGGCGAGCGAUUCCGCUCGCGUUCGGGCGUUGGAGGAGCGCUUGAUCGCGGCUGAGGAGGCUUGGGCGCCGGUUUGGUUGCGACGACGGGCGGAUAAAAUCGUCAAGACGAGCCAAGAGCGAACCGCUCGGGCGGUGCAGUUUGGCAAGGAGAAGAUCCCGGAGGUCGUCAACGCGGCGAAGGCGAGAACGAAGAAAGUCGUGGAGACGAGUAAAGAGCACACCACCAAGAUGAUUCAGGCGAGCAAGGAGCGAACGAAAAAGGUGGUCGACGCGGCGAACGAGCAUUUCCCGAAAGUGGUCAAGGCGAGCAGAGAGCAAACGACAAAGCUCGUCAACGCGGGCAGGGGCGUCGUUGGUAAGGUCUCUCAGGAGGUCGGUCACAUAUCGGAGAAGCUCACUGUUCUGAAGGACCUGAAGGACGACUUAAAAGAGGCUCGUAAGAUUCAUGAGAAGAAGAGCAAGACCGGCAAGGAGCCGAAAAGGUAUCCGGAAAAGUUUUCAACGAGACAAGCCGUUCGCGCGUAUGAGCUCGCUGAUGAAUUUGCGGCGGCAUCGCGCGCGGGAAAGGCCUCGGCGACUCGCGUCGUCGUUUCGACCAAGGAGGCUAGUAAGAAGGGGCUUCAGCGUGCUCGCGUCGCGAUGAAAGAGCAGCUCGAACGUUUGAAACCGAUGACGGAGCGACUGCGCACAGCCACAAAGAAGCACGUCGGCGUAAAGCUCGUCCCGUACGUGCUCGCCAUUCCCGUCGCAGCUCUCCAAAAAGAGCUCUCUGGAUACAAUACUUAUCAAUUAGCCGAAAGGAUCGCCGACACGUUGCUCACGCUCAUCGCGACCGUCAUCCUUUUGAUGAUUGUCAAGGUGCUUUUCUUCAGUCCGUUGGAUGAAAACGCGGCGACGUACUCGAUCAUGAAAGUCCCACAGGAGAACGGCGUGGACGUCAUCAUCCGCCUCCCAGGGGUUGAGAGCAUGGAUGAGAUCGAUUUCCGAUUUGAUCAGACGUUUAACCAAAUCCACAUCGACACCGACGAGACGAGGCACAGCGAGCUCAUUGUUGUGCCCAGGUGCAAAAUCGGAAUCAAGCGGUGGGCCAGACCCGAGCCGAAGUUUUUAGACGGUGAAGAGGUCCUCUUGGUCGAACUCCGUCCUAUUCAGUUGCGGGCGAAUGGUACAGUACAUUCCGAUGAUAUCAUGGAGCCGCCACCGCCGCCGAGACAGCCGUUCGCGCCGAGAAACAGCAAACCAUUUGAGCCAGUUUCCAAACGCGCGGCGCCUCGGAAAAAAGCAUCCACAGAAAAAGUGUCCACGCGCUCGACGAGAAGCCGUCGAUAA